AUGGUGGAUGUUGCCAAAGAAGUUGGAGCCGAUGCCGUCGCUCAUGGAUGUACAGGGAAAGGAAACGAUCAGGGAGAGAAGAUGCCAUUGAGUAUGCAAAAAAGUAAAAAGCAUAAUGUUCCUGUUCCAGUGACAAAGAAAUCCAUAUAUAGCAGGGAUAGGAACCUAUGGCAUCUUAGCUACGAGGGUGAUAUUUUGGAAGACACGGCUAAUGAGCCCCAAAAGGAUAUGUACAUGAUUUCCGUAGACCCGGAGGAUGCUCCAGAUCAGGCCGAAUAUUUGGAAACUGGUAUCGAGUCAGGACUUCCUGUUUCACUCAACGGGAAGACGCUUUCGCCAGCUUCUUUACUCACUGAGCUCAAUGAGAUAGGUGGAAGGCAUGGAAUUGGCCGCAUUGACAUGGUUGAGAAUCGGCUUGUAGGCAUGAAGAGCCGCGGAGUGUAUGAAACUCCUGGUGGAACAAUCCUUUUCGCUGCAGCACGGGAGUUGGAGUUUUUGACACUUGACCGAGAAACAAUACUGGUCAAAAAUUCAUUAGCCCUUAAAUAUACAGAACUGGUUUACGCUGGAAGAUGGUUUGAUCCACUCCGUGAGUCCAUGGACGCAUUUAUGCAGAAGAUUACAGAGACCACAACAGGUUCUGUGACUUUGAAAUUGUACAAAGGUUCUGUUACUGUAACAGGUAGGAAGAGUCCGUUCAGCCUGUAUAGGAAAGAUAUCUCGUCGUUUGAGAGUAGUGAGAUAUAUGAUCAAGCUGAUGCUGUGGGUUUUAUCAGGCUUUACGGUCUUCCGAUGAGAGUCCGGGCAAUGCUUAAGCAGGACGUUUAA